UUUAAGAAACAUGUGGGAAAAUUUUAAAUGAAGCAUAUGUAUUCAAACAGUUACUUUUAACUAGUUCAGACACUAAAUUCAUACACAGUUACACAAGUUUUUUGUUGUUUUUCUUUUUAAAAAUUUGGACAGUUAUAAAUCAAUUUGAAAUGUAUCUGUGAAUGGUUGAACAGCUUCAACAAAAUGUUUGGGUUACAAUUAGCCAAAACGAGUCCGGUUUUUAACCGCUCCGACUUUUUGGUGUCCAAUCAACAGAUAGUUCGAAACAGUCAUACUGGAUUGGACAGGUUCGAGCCGGCACAACUGUCCUGGCAAUGGUCGGUCAAAAACAGUCCGGACGUACAACAGUGUUCGGCAAAUUCUCUAAAACCCAAGCAAUGCCCAAAGAAAAGAUUUUUCCCCAGGUUUAGGAAGGUGUACGUCAGGAAAGACAUAACGUCUUGUGACGAGGAAGUGCCCGAAAAGAAACCGAUGACUUGGAAGGAGUAUUUCAGUUUUUUACUCCCGGACGAGAUCACUAUGAAGCCCCCUUUGGUCAUGUGUAGGAAAAUGUACGAGAUGAGGAAGCAGAAGUGCGAGGAGGACUGGAAAAAGUGCGGUCUGUGCAACCCGACCGAGUGGCACGGCCAAGGGGUCAUGCACAGCAUAUGCCUGACCCUGCCGGAGCCGACGGACACUCCAGAGCUGCGUUACUGUCCUCCUCCGGAACACAUAAAACCGAGGUGCGCGGUCGCCAAAUCCGCCGACUGUCCCUCCUCAAGCUCGAAAGAGACCAUGUCCUUUUUCGAAUCCUUCGAAUACAAAGUGCCGUUUUCGUCGUUCAAAGGAGGCCCCAAUCCGCCCACGGCAAAACAGUACAUCAUAAAGUGCAACAUGAAAUGCGCCGCCUUGCCCGAGGUGCACGAAAAAUCCGCCAAACUCCAGUGCAAGACGUACGGACAGUUUAAAGGCGUGGAAUAUCCAAAAAACAUGUUCACACGGUUCAUGAGCGUCGAUCUGCCAGGUGGUACUCUCAGGCCUGUAGUCGUGUCAGAUCCGAAGCCACAGAGGGAAAUAAAGAAAGGCCUGUGCUCGAGGAUGAUACUCCCGGAGGUGAGGAGUUCUAAACGUUACCAUACUACAUCAAUACAGUUGGAACGCAACGAUUGUAAACAGAAAUCUGAAAUGCUGAUCCAGUCGAAAAAUCCCAUUUCGAUCAUGGACCAUCCCGAAGCGACCAUGCACCUCCAGCCGAAUCGAAGCGCCUUGAGCGUCGACAUACUCGCCAAGAGGGCCGGUGUCGAUCUCAAAACUACAAGGCUGAAGAAAAUUCUAAACAAGUCCAAAAAGACUCCAACCGGGAAUAUAUUAUUGAGGAAGUUCAAUCGUGAAAAUAAACAGAAGCCGCAAGAAGAACCGGACAAGGAACCGGACAAAGUGAAACGGGUCUUAGACAAGAAGGGCGAAAGUGUCAAAUUAGUCCCGAAAACUCCUUUAGAACGACUUAUGUUGAUCCAAGACGUCAAAAAGAAGAAAAGACUCAGAGGCGCAGACACUUGCGUGAAAAACGAGAAAAGUUUAAAUCAGUCGAUUGAGUUUUUCCCUUACCCGGUCAGAAAGUACCAUACCAAGCAGUACAGAGAAGAGUACAAUCGGCCCGUUUUGAAGUUAAUCCAAAAAGGCCCAGGCAAGAACAGUGAAAACAUGAUGCGCUCCGUUUCGAAAAACGGUCGGAUCACUUUCAAAACCCAACUGCCUGCCAUGGUCAAGUACAAGAGCACGCUUCGGAAGAGGCUGGUCGACGCUGGCUUCUAUGAAAAUAAAAAACCCGUCAAAAAGCCCGUCGAAUUGGAUUGCGACAAAGUCGCGGAUCAAACAGUCAAAGAGGUGCCGGUUGAAGUUAAACCCGGCGGAGAGAAUAAAACGUAUUCGAUCCAAGAAACGCUCAGAGAAUCGUGCCUAAUGGCCAAAAAGAAAGGUGUCAUUAGCGGUAUAGCAAGUUUCUUCCAGAUCGCAUGCGGCAAGAAAGUGCAAGAAAUGUGACGUCUGUGUGAUUGAGUCGGGUCGAUAAAGACAAACCAUGAACUGUUAAAAAAAUCUUUUUGUAUGUAAAUAAUUGAAAAAUAAAAAUCCAAGAUGAUCAAGUAUGUAAUGGUAAA